AUGGAACAAGCUCAGUAUUUGAUGUUGAUGAAGAGGAGACCGUUUUUAAAAUCCCAUUUUCAAGUGUCAAUCAACUCUUUAAGUGAGACUUGGGAAGAAAAAGCUUUUGCAGAAGAUGCAGCUGGGUCUUUAGAGGGAUGUGUAUGGCCUCCUAGAUCAUAUACUUGUAGUUUUUGCAGGAGAGAAUUCAAGUCAGCUCAAGCUUUGGGUGGUCACAUGAAUGUUCAUAGAAGAGAUAGAGCUAAGCUCAAACAAUCUCUUAGUCCCAAAAAUGAAGUUGUUUCUAAUCAAAAUCAGAACCCCAAUCCUCUAAAACCAUCUGACCCUAAAUCCCAACAUCCAGCAGCUGAUUUGGCUCAUUCUUUUUCAUCUUCUAGGGUUUCAGCUUCAUCUAAAAACUUUGGUACUUGUUCCUUUGUUCAAGGACAGCAUCAAGGGCUAUUAAGUUCUUAUGACGAUGAGGUAAUCAAUUGCAAAAGAAGAAAGAUUGCUGUUUCAACAACACUGCCAUUUUUGGUUCCGAAGGAGAAGUGUUAUUCUUCUCUUCAAUGGCAGGUUCUUGGAGUUAAGCCAGCAGUUGCAGGGUCCAUGGAGGAGUUGGAUCUUGAGCUCAGGCUUGGUGUUCAACCAAAGGUGAAGUCAUGGAAUAUGGAUCAAAGGGAUUGCAAGAGAAUGGAGUUGCUCUGA